UUCUCUCUCUAUCACUUGGGCGGCUAGGGUUUUAGUUUAACCCUCUUUCUUCUCUCUCCCUCGCUCUCUUUUUGUUUCGCCGACUACGAUACAGAGAUGGAAGGGUUGUUGUUGACGAGAUAGGAUUGGAUUGGAUUGAAUUGGACUGGGAUAAGACAGAGUAAGGGCUUGGGGAUAUAUAGGCAUUGCUGACCAAAAUGGCGACCAUGAACCCUUUCGAUUUGUUGGGUGACGAUGCAGACGACCCUUCUCAGCGAUUAGCAGCGGAACAACUCAAAGUUGUUACUGCACCUCCCAAGAAACCCCAGACUCAGCCUCUCACUCAGCCCAACAAACCCGCUCAGCUUCCCACCAAGCCACCCCCUCCCUCUCAGGCUGGUUCGUUUUCUUCUCUUCCUCUUUCUCUUUUUUAAUAACAUCCACGCUUUCACUUUUUCCCCCUUCUUUCUGCAAUUUGCAAUUUAUAUUUGGUUUAGGGUUUUCUAGAGUUGGACAAUAGGGAUUGUUACAGUAACAUCUUUUAAAGAUUGUUGUUCACAAUAGUAGUUGAACGCAUUAUUAUUAGCAAUUGUGUUCAAUUUUCCUUCGCUUUCUGAUGGGUUGAAUGGCUUUGUAGUUCCUUAAACUGAUGGAUCACGCAGUUCAAUCUGACACCAAAUAGCUAUGUAGCUUGUGUUAAAAGCUUUUUUUUUUUUUAAUAAUUUUUUGAUACUGAUGUCUGAUUCUUCACUACCAAACAAGGAAAAGUUGCUCGAUAUGGUGAUUACUUGAAGUUAAGGUCAUGGUUUCUUUAUGAUUUUUUAAGUUCAUGAGGGAGGCGAGGAAUGAGAAUUUGCGUGGAGGUCGCGGAAGUGGACGUGGUCGCGGUCGUGGAGGUGGUUUCAAUCGUGAUUUUUCUAAUGAUGAGAACUCAUUUGCUGCCCCUGCUGGUCAAGGUUCACUUGAAGGAGAACCUGGGAAGCCCUCAGAGAGGCUUGGUUAUGGUGGGCCACGUGGUCCUUAUCGUGGUGGUCGUGGUGGGCGCGGAGGUUUUAGUAAUGGAGAAGCUGGUGAAGAUGGGCGCCCUCGAAGAGUGUUUGAACGCCGCAGUGGGACUGGACGUGGCGGAAAUGAAUUCAAACGUGAAGGUGCUGGCAGAGGGAACUGGGGAGUACAAACUGAUGAACUUGCACAGGUGACUGAGGAAGUGAAUGAGACUGCUAAGAAUUUAGGUGAUGAAAAGCCUUCAGGUGAGGAUGAUGUUGCAGCAGAUGGAAACAAGGAGAGUUCUGCUAAUGAAGCUGAAGAAAAAGAACCUGAGGAUAAGGAAAUGACACUGGAGGAGUAUGAAAAAGUACUAGAAGAGAAAAGGAAGGCUUUGCAAGCACUUAAGACUGGGGAGAGAAAGGUAGAUACUAAAGUUUUUGAAUCCAUGCAGCAGCUCUCAAACAAGAAAGACAAUGAUGACAUCUUUAUUAAACUGGGUUCUGAUAAGGAUAAGCGCAAAGAGGCUCUUGAGAAGGAAGAGAAAUCCAAGAAGUCUGUCAGCAUCAACGAGUUUCUGAAGCCUUCAGAGGGUGAAAGUUACUACAACCCAGGUGGGCGAGGCCGUGGUCGUGGUCGAGGCCGUGGUGCAAGAGGAGGUUAUGGUGGCUAUGCAGCUGCCAACAUAUCAGCUCCAUCAAUUGAAGAUCCUGGGCAGUUCCCUACUUUGAGUGCCAAGUGAGAAUUUCUGGUGGUGUUCAGACAUUUUUAUGUACCUUUUUUCAAUUUUGGCUCUCUGCUUUGAAGCAGGAAAAAGAACUUAUGGUGAUUGGAUUUCCUGUGUCAGCAGGGUUUUUUUUUUUUUAAUUUAACGUCUUAAAAUGUAAAUUUAGGUUGUUUUUUAUGGCCCCACAUUCCCUUAUAUCGACAUAUUUCCCCAAUGGUUAUGCGUUACCUUAUGUGUAAUUUUGCGGGAUAUAUAUGAUGGAUAAGUCAUUUGUGGCCGAACACCCCACCCAUCCUCCCCCUUAUUUUUCUAAAUGAGAUUGAACGCGGUAGUUUAUCUU